AUUUUAUAAUAUUCAAAAUCCCAAUUAAAAUAUGAAGAGCUUCCCUUUCUGUCAAUUUAAGAACUGUAAUUACGAAGCAAAGUACUACAUCCUAGGCGUUCAGAGUUACCUGUGUGAAGCACAUUUUGUCAUGAAGUACUCACAAGGCGAUGGAGUCAGACUAACAACACCAGCCGAGGUGAAGGAGAGAAUAGAGAAAGUUGAGAAAGCACUCAAGAUCUUCUUGGUAACUAGUCAGACGAAGCAGGAUCGAGCUGUAAAAGAGCGGAUAUUGAAAUUUUGUGACGAGCUUACCUGCCAACUUAUUGUAAUCAAGGCUAAACUUGUCGAAGUUGAUUUUAAAGAGCUGUUUUAUGAAUAUACAGCAUUGAAGAACCAAGUUAAUUCUAUCCAAACUUUGAUCGACGACGAAAUAGAUUUUAUCCAGUUCACCAGAGAAUUCUUCUGGAGUCUAAUUGGUGAAGAUUAUCAGCAAGAAAACAACAAUGAAGCCCAUAAUGAGCAAAUUGAUAAAUUACAAGAAGAACUAAAGCUCAAAGAAGCCAAGAUUGAAGAACUUGAGAAGGAAAAUAGUGAUCUGUUAAGAACUAUCCAAGGCUUAACUUCUCAUAAAGCAAAAGUAGUGCAGAUAGGUGAAGAAAGAGAUAGAGAGGACAGAAUUGAAGCCUCAGAUUUCAAUGAUCUCUACAAAUAUAUUGUUGGUGAAACUAUUUCAGUUGGGCCUGAGUACAAACUCAAGCUGAUCCUCAAAGAUAUUUAAGCACAUGGAGUUCCUGAAGUGUCUUGAUAGUCCAAUUCCAGCUUUGAAUCAGAUCAAUCUGGAGAGUAUUCCAAAGAACGAUGAGUGUGUAAAGCAUUUUUUAAGAACGAGUUUCCCAGUUAGAGUCCAGAAGUUCCACUUCGGAUACCGCACUGAGCUCUCAGACAUCAAUGAUUAUGUAGAAGACGUUGGCGGGGUUAAUCAAAGUGUUGAGGAGAGGUUCUACAUCUGGAGCUUUGAAAUUGGAGCUGAAAAUCUUGCCUUUCUGCUCUCAAUGUACCGCAACAUUAGAUUCUUCGGAACCCCAUAUUGCAAGCUUGAUUUGGACCAAGUGCCUGACCUUGCUGAAGCUCUUGAUGGAACUACUAUUGAAGGUUUGGACUUGUAUAAUUGUGGCCAUCCCUCACUUGGAAACUGGAGCAAGAAGCCAUCACGCUUCGAUAAUUUAAUCAAAGGCCUUGGAGCCAGUGAAGACUUAAAACAGAGCUUGAAAGAAGUCAACUUGGCUGGAUGUGGAAUGGAAAGAUACGCUGCAAGGCAGAUACUUGAUUCUUAUGGAUUCCAAAAUGCAGAUAUUCGUGUGUAACUAUCUGUGAAUCAGUAAUAACACCUGAAAGUCAAUAAAGAAUGCUCAUUAUAAUAAGUCUCCUCUUGGUCAUCUUCGUUUCACAUUAAAUGUAUCUCAAUA